CAACUGGAGCUUACCUAUGCAGUUGUAACAAGGGUUAUUGAUUCACAAGAAUUCAGGUGAGUAACAUUCGUGUUUUGACUGGUCUGUCUCCAUGAGUAAGUCGACCUGAUAAAAUGAAUAGUGUCCCACAGAAACAUUACCUGCCUAGGGGCUGCUACAAUGGGAUGACCAUCACCGUUAAAGGAAUGGUUAAGCCGAAUGCCAAAAAGUUCGCAUUGAACUUGUCCAAAGGAAAUGACAUUGCCCUACAUGUCAACCCCCGCUUCGAUGAAAUGGGCAAGAAAACGAUUGUGUGUAACAGUAUGAUAGGAGGUCGCUGGGGCAAAGAGGAGAGACACAACACCUACUUCCCAUUUAUUCAGGGAAAUCCUUUUGAGAUGAAGAUCAUGUGCACUGACAUGGAGUUUAAGGUGGCAGUGAACAACAUUCAAUUCAUCGAUUUCAAAAAUCGCAUUCAUGACCUCGCGUCGAUCAAGAUGCUGGAUGUCCACUGUGAUAUCACCCUAACAUCUGUGGAUAUCAUCUCUAUCUAAUAUCUAACUGUUGGUUCCAGUCAUAGGCUUGACCAUUCUAGUCAUUUCUAUCAGGUUAUAUGAAUGAGUCCCGCAACCUAGAGAUUAAACAGAAACAUACAGAAGAUUGGGUCCUCUGCUCUUAUCUAUGACUAUCAUAUUCUGUACUUCUACUAGACCAGACCAAUCAAUUCUUUGUGUGGAAAUGCAUAAAAUGAUUACAAUCUUCGAAUAAAGGAGUUUCCCAACAUUUUGAAGUGAC